GCCGCGGCCGCCGCCUGGCGCUGCCGACACUGCUCUCGCUGCUCACCUGCUCCCUGGCUUUGGCUUUGGUUUCUGAAGAUGUGAAGAAAGAGGCCAAACAGUCUAAGAAUUUGGAGAAAAGUGAUAUAUCAAAGAAAAAUGACAUAGAUUUAAAAGAAAUUGUAUUUGUCAUCCAGAGUCAAAGUAAUUCUUUUCAUGUGAAGAAAGCAGAACAGUUAAAACAAAGCAUCUUAAAGCAGUCUGCAGAUCUUACACAGGAGAUGCCCACAGUCCUCCUCCUGCACCAGCUGGCUCAGCAGGAAGGCGCGUGGACCAUACUUCCAUUGUUACCGCACUUUUCUGUAAUGUAUAGCAGAAAUUCAUCAUGGAUUUUCUUCUGUGAAGAAGAGACAAGAAUACAAAUUAUACAACUCUUAGAAACACUCAGAAGAUAUGACCCAUCAAAGGAAUGGUUUUUAGGAAAAGCAUUACAUGACGAAGAAUCUACAAUAAUUCACCAUUAUGCCUUUUCUGAAAAUCCUACAGUAUUUAAAUAUCCAGACUUGGCUGCCGGCUGGGCCCUUAGUAUCCCACUGGUAAACAAGCUGCUCUACGCUUCCGCUUCCUCACCUGCUGCAAAAUGA